GCAGGUCACGGCCCCGCGAGGCGACCGCGGCCCCGCCGCACCGGAGCAGUGAUACAGGCAUGGAUGGGAAGAAGUGCAGCGUAUGGAUGUUUUUACCUCUUGUAUUUACUUUGUUUACUUCAGCUGGAUUAUGGAUAGUAUACUUUAUAGCUGUGGAAGAUGACAAAAUUUUCCCAUUAAAUUCAGCUGAAAGGAAACCGGGCGUGAAGCACGCACCCUAUAUAAGUAUUGCAGGUGACGAGCCUCCUGCAAGCUGUGUGUUUAGUCAAGUCAUGAACAUGGCAGCAUUCCUAGCUCUCGUGGUAGCUGUUCUGCGCUUCAUACAGCUGAAACCCAAGGUUUUAAAUCCAUGGCUGAAUAUUAGCGGAUUGGUGGCGCUGUGUCUGGCCUCCUUUGGAAUGACCUUACUUGGUAAUUUUCAGCUCACGAAUGAUGAAGAAAUCCACAAUGUCGGAACUUCCUUGACCUUUGGAUUUGGCACGUUGACCUGCUGGAUCCAGGCUGCACUGACGCUCAAAGUCAACAUCAAGAAUGAAGGACGGAAAGUUGGAAUUCCACGAGUUAUUCUCUCAGCAUCCAUCACUCUCUGUGUGGUCCUCUAUUUCAUCCUCAUGGCCCAAGGCAUCCACAUGUACGCAGCCAGGGUCCAGUGGGGUCUGGUCAUGUGCUUCCUGUCUUAUUUUGGCACCUUGGCUGUGGAGUUCCGGCAUUACCGUUACGAGAUUGUUUGCUCCGAGUACCAGGAGAAUUUCCUAAGCUUCUCGGAAAGCCUGUCCGAAGCUUCUGAAUAUCAAACCGACCAGGUGUAACCUAUCAGCUUUUCCUUGCCUGUGAGGUGGGUGUGCUGGGAGAAGGAGCCAGGACGCACCCACAGGACUUGGUCCAUAACCUCAUCACACAUUUUACACACACA